AUGUUUCCACACGGCUCCCUCCUGCUGUUGCUAUGCGUAGCACGUCUAUCCUCGGCUCUACCCUUUGAGCAGAGAGGCUUCUGGGAUUUUGCCUUGGAUAGCAUGGAUAGCGGAGGAAUGAUGACGAUGAUGAGGGACGAAGAAGAGGGUUCAGCCGUAGAGGAGCUCCCCUCGCCUGACUUUCCCAUGUGCCCCUUUGGCUGCCACUGUCGGCUCAGGGUCGUCCAGUGUUCUGACCUCGGUCUGACCGAGGUGCCAAAGAAUAUCCCUCCAGACACCAAGUUCCUGGACCUGCAGAACAACCGUAUAACAGAGCUUAAGGAGAAUGACUUCAAAGGCCUUACUAACUUAUAUGGUCUGUCUCUGAGGAAUAACCAUAUUUCCAAAGUGCACCCCAGGGCAUUUUCCCCUCUGAAGCAUAUGCAGAAGCUCUACUUCUCCAAGAAUCUCCUGACCACCAUCCCCAAGAACUUGCCUGCUUCUCUGGUUGAGCUGAGGAUCCAUGAGAACCGCAUCAAGAAGAUCCCAGCUGGUGCCUUCUCAGGACUGAACAACAUGAACUGCAUAGAGAUGGGAGCAAACCCAAUACCAAACAGUGGUUUUGAGCCUGGAGCUUUUAAGGGACUAAAACUCAAUUACCUGCGCAUAUCAGAGGCCAAACUGACCGGGGUGCCCAAAGAACUCCCAGAAAGUCUCCAUGAACUUCAUCUGGACCACAACCAAAUCCAGGCCGUGGAGCUGGAGGACCUGAGCCGCUACAAAAACCUGUUCAGGUUGGGCCUUGGCUAUAACCAUAUCCGCCAGAUAGAGAAUGGCAGUUUGUCUUACCUUCCCAUGCUCAGAGAGCUGCAUCUGGAAAACAACCGCCUCACUCGUGUCCCUAAAGGCCUCCCAGAUAUGAAAUACCUACAGGUGGUGUACCUCCAUUCCAACAGCAUCAAUCAGGUGGGACUGGACGACUUCUGCCCACGUGGCUUUGGUAUGAAGAGGACUUUCUAUAACGGCAUCAGCCUGUUCGCUAACCCCGUCAACUACUGGGAGGUUCAGCCUGCGACGUUCCGCUGUGUCAGUGACCGACUGGCCAUUCAGUUUGGCAACUACAAAAAGUAAAGCCAGGACGAUAAGGACAGAUGGAGACAGACAGGGAGAGAUGUGAAAAGUUGGAGAAGAAGCAGAUAAUUUAACUAAUGAUAAGACUUGAGAGAUGGAGGGAAGGGAGUUAACACUUAAGAAGAUUAUUAUUUUUAUUAUUAUUAUUAUUAUUAUUAUUAUUGUUUUUUUCAAAAGAGUGAGUGAUGAGCUGGGAAUCAAACUGAUGAAUCAGAAAGAGAAGUGAAAAAAAACACAAAGAACUUGAAGAGGGUGGAAAAAAGUGCUUGCAAUACUUCAUCUGAAUUUUCCCUUUUUUUUUAUUUUUUUGCAUUUAACGUUUUAGAGGAUAAGUUGUUUUGCCCAUUGAAAAUAAUGACACAGAGGAGAAGAAACCGUCUGAGAAGAAUGUUUUCACCUGCCUGAUGAAAAAAAUGCCCUGAAAACUUGUGAACUGUUUCAUUCAUUUUUUUUUCACAAUUUAGAUCUUAUUGUGAUCAAGGUCACUUUUGUUUUUAUUAACUCUUUUGAUGAGAUAAUAAGUAAAAAAAAAAAAUAGAAAAGCGAUGCAUUAUAUGUUUUUAUAUAUAAAAGAAGGUGCUCUGUAAGACUUUCUGUGUGUGAUGAUUUGGGAGAUACAUUCUGUUUCUGUCUUGUAGCCUUCAAUACUGUGAUUACAAUAUACAGUACUGUAUUAAUGUUAACAAUUAUUCACAGAAUUAAGGCUGUAUUCUACCAUUAUUACAGACACGUGAAUAACUAAACAGAAGUAGAAACUGUAAUUAAAAUUAAAUAUCAGUUUAGCAGCAUAAAUGUAUCUAUAUUACGGGAGUUGAUUCUUCCAGUCCUUUCAUCAGUGCUAAACAUUUUUCCUUAUAGAUAUGAGGUAAUUCAACUACCAGCCUGCCUGUGUAAAGAGUCUCUUUUAUGCCUUAACUAAAUAUUAUUCUGUCUCUAAGAUACUUCAGCACGGUAUAAGGGGCGCUGAGUUAGCGAGGGGAAACCCAAUGGAGGAAACACACAUUCAUUUUGCUUAGAGACAAUGAAGGCAGUGUGUUCACUCAGUGCUACAAACAAUAGUGUAGAUGCAUUGUUUUGCACAGUUGUUUCUUGUUACGCUUCAUCUGCUUGGGGUUUUUUUUGGGGGGGGGAUGGGGGGGGGUUAGCCUGUUUACAUUAGUAGACCUAUAUGGUACUACUUUAGCCAUAAAUACUCUGUCCUGUCUCUGUUCUGUAAUCUGACAAGCUACUGCUGCAUGUGAAUAAAGACAUUUUUAGCUGCAUUAAGCCAGAAAACAACCGAUACCCCUGGAUUGGAUGCUGUGUGAGAAAUAAAGAGGAAAUAUCAAAAAUGGAAAACAUUUCAUGAAUGAAUCAUACAGUUGAUGAAGGUAAACUGAUGUGGAAUUU